CUGGAGUAGGAGGGAACUGGGCGGGUCCCAACAUUAGGAUGGCCAAGACAUCCAGCUUCCAAUGCGCUGAUGGCAACAGAUAAGUAAAAAGUGAGCUCCUCGGACGCACGACAACACACCAACUGAAGUGGAAAGCGGCUCCUGUUCUGCUCCUCAUCCCAUUUCGGACGCUGCGUACAAGGCGACCCGGCUUCACACUGCUGCAGGACUCAAUCAGAAGGAAGAAGUCAAGAGUUAGGACUGUCUCGCCUUUGGCUUGUGCGUUAAGUUUGCCGACAGAAAUAACGGGUAAUUUUUUUUUGGCUCUUUUAUGUCAGUGAGUUACUAUCGUCCCUUGUACUAGUCUUUAUAAGUGGAAAGGUGGAAAGCAACAUUUUUAUUUGCCAUUACGAAGACUAAAUUUAACUAAUGACGGCAGAGGUCCAGCAGCCCCCAGCGCAGACUCCUGCCCAGAGCAGCCCGAUGUCUGCUCCGGAGAAGCCGCACGGACAGACGGCGGUGAUGGAAACCGCCUCAUCCACUACGAAAACCAAAAAGACAAACGCAGGGAUCCGUCGACCAGAGAAACCCCCUUAUUCAUACAUAGCUCUGAUAGUCAUGGCUAUCCAGAGCUCUCCAACGAAGCGCCUGACGCUCAGUGAAAUAUACCAGUUCCUGCAGAGCCGCUUCCCGUUUUUCAGGGGUUCAUACCAGGGAUGGAAGAACUCCGUGCGUCACAACUUGUCCCUGAACGAGUGCUUCAUCAAGCUGCCCAAGGGCCUGGGCCGGCCAGGGAAGGGCCAUUACUGGACUAUCGACCCAGCUAGUGAGUUCAUGUUUGAGGAAGGCUCCUUCAGAAGGAGACCCAGAGGUUUCAGGCGCAAGUGCCAGGCGCUGAAGCCCAUGUACAGCAUGAUGAACGGCUUGGGAUUCAACCACAUCCCCGAGUCCUACAACUUCCAGGGGAGCGGCGGGGGUCUAUCCUGUCCGCCCAACAGCUUGUCUCUGGACAGUGGGAUUGGGAUGAUGAAUGGACACUUGGCAGGUAACAUGGAGGGGAUGGGUCUGUCCGGGCACUCCAUGUCACACUUGUCGGCCAACAGUGGACAUUCCUACAUGGGAAGUUGUACAGGAUCCACUGGGGGUGAUUAUCCCCACCACGACAAUUCCGCAUCCCCUCUGCUCGCCAGCGGGGGAGUAAUGGAACCUCACCCCGUGUACUCGAGUCCAGCCUCGGCGUGGGCUCCGGCCCCCUCGGCCUCGCUGAAUAACGGUGCAUCCUACAUAAAGCAGCAGCCUCUGUCUCCUUGCAAUCCGGGAGCCAACCCGCUGCAGCCGAGUUUGCCCACGCAUUCACUAGACCAACCUUACCUGCACCAGAACGGCCACAGUACCACAGAUUUACAAGGUACUAUUCCUCGGUACCAUUCCCAGUCUCCCAGCAUGUGUGACCGAAAGGAGUUCGUCUUCUCGUUCAACGCCAUGACGUCCUCGGCGAUGCACUCACCGAGCAGCGGCUCAUACUACCACCACCAACAGGUCUCCUACCAGGACAUCAAGCCCUGCGUCAUGUGAUGCCACCGCGGAACAAGCUGCAGGCAAGAGGACGCUGUCACAGACUUGAGCCGAUUGAA